AUGCACACAUUGGCAGGUUCAUUAGGUCUAAUAAUAUGUGCACUCACGUACCUAAUAUCAGCCACCGUGACUGGUGCACCUAGAGAAUCGGCCAUGUACAACGUUAUCUUCAUGAUAUUGACAUACUUUUUACCAAUCGGAUCCAUGACGUUUACCUACGCCAGGGUCGGCCUGGAAUUGUGGGGCUCGCAAAGCAUCGGGGAGGCUACAGCUAGGCAGCUCGAAAAUAUUCGGAGCAAACGGAGGGUCGUAAAAAUGAUGAUAGUCGUAGUAGUAAUAUUCGCAGUGUGCUGGCUUCCGUUUCAUAUGUACUUCAUAGUGACAUCCUAUCUGCCAGAGAUUACAAAUGAACCGUACAUCCAGGAGGUCUUCCUGGGCAUAUAUUGGCUAGCGAUGUCCAAUAGCAUGUACAACCCUAUAAUUUAUUGUUGGAUGAAUACUAGAUUCCGCCGUGGCUUCGCUCAAUUCUUCUUCUGGUGUCCGUGGGUGCGUGUGACAUCGGAGCCGUCUCUGUCGCGUUCGGAGGCCGUGACAUCCAGAUACAGCUGCACUGGUAGUCCAGACAUGCACACCAGAAUAUCGCGGAACGGCACGGUGCGAAUACCGCUGCACCUGCAAUCAGUGAGAAGCGGAAACGACCGGCUGUUGGCUCAUCAUCGCGAUCAUGGCAAAAAAUGGAGGACUUCGCAGACCAGAGGACACGUGUCCUGACAGGAGGAAGAAAACUCUCAGCAACAACGAGUACACACCUGGAUAUGAAAAUAUCUGGGAGGAUAUGAAAAUAUCGAAGUCUCCUUUAAUUCUGGCUCUUUCCGUCAAUCAACGAUGCAAU